AUGGAGCGCCGAUUCACCUCCAGAAAAGUGUGUCUGGACUGGACUGAGAAAGAAACCAAGAGCGAAAUCCCAGCAUCUUCAAUCCAAAACACAUAUGAGCAACUCAAACUCACCUACGAAAAAGACCUACGUCAAAGCUGGGCCGAGCAGCUUGAAUCCCCCAACCAAAUCCUAGAACAGCUCUCCGUCGCCGCAUGUCUAAUCGAACUAUGGAAAGUCAUGUUCAAACCUGACCAGUCAGCUCCUAAAACCCCAAAGUUCGUGGAUAUCGCCUGUGGAAACGGAAUCCUUGUCUACGUGCUCUGCAUGGAAGGCUAUGAAGGCUCAGGCUACGAUGCAUGCCAUCGCAAAUCCUGGGAUACAUUCCCAGCAGAGAUUCGAUCCUGUUUGCAUGAGAAAGUCAUCAUUCCCAAACCUUUUCUGGAUGUACUUGAUGCGCAGGAGAUUGAGAUCGAUCUCGGGAUAGGGGUUGAGUCAGGUGUUUUUCCUGACACUUUUAUCAUAUCAGACCAUGCAGACGAAUUGACUGUCUGGACACCCAUUCUGGCUGCUUUGGCGUGUCCGGAGUCCCCGCUGCCUUUCUUGGUUAUACCUUGCUGCUCUCGCUCGCUUGCUGGUUCUUCUUUGAGAUAUCCUGUCAACGGUGUGCAGGCAAUUGGGCCCCUUGGUACCGAUCUAUAUGGAGAUGGGCCGCGUAAGGGCCCGCAGCCCUGUUCUGGUGAUCUGAGGGCUCUCCGGGUGGCUAAGAUGAAGGAGAAAACUGAGAGUGGGUUUCUGGACUCUAUGGUUGGAUCUCUUGUUGCGAAAACGGCUUCUGUUGCUGGGGAGGUGGGCUGUGGGGUGGAGAAGGCGUGGCUUCGCACGCCUGGUGCUGUCAAUUUGGCUUUGGUUGGGGGGUGGGAGACUGCGGUCAGUUGCUCAGGGUCUGGUGACUUGGCAGGCGAUCUUGUUGCUGCACGUCUGAAGAUCAUGGAGGUGGUUGAGCGUGAAUGUUUGAGGGAUGGAGGAAUCCAGGCAGCUGCUCGGCUCUGGGUUGAGCGGGUUAGGACGCUACGCUGUGCGAAUGGAACUCAGCACCGAUCUCAUUGA